AUGUCCGAUUCAUCCCAGCCCCGUCAUUGGCACGGUAGUGUAGGUGACCGUUACGAACACACCAACGUCUGGGUCCGGGGUGGUCCGCCCACGGCAUAUCGUCGGCCGUCCGCCUCGGCCAUCCCUGCCACUGCCACUGCCACUACCUCGUCAUCCGUCGGCCUUGACAUGAACGACAGACGUGGCUCCGCGGCGUCUGACAUGUCCGCCGGCUCCACGAGCAGCAGCGCCAACACUGGCGCCAGUCCUCCCGGCAGAAGACGCUCCAGCGGCCACGGGCCCUCGACGCUGUUCGAGAGUCUGACCAGCCAGAAGCGCAACUCUGAGGACGCCAGUGCCGCUGCCCGGAGGGCCAGCUACACCGAGCAGGCCCAGAAGGGUGGUUUCUUCGCCAAGUGGUGGGAUGGGUACACUCGCGGCCAGUAG